AUGAAAGUUCUCUCUGUGGGAGUUUUAUGUCUUAGCGUCGUGCUAUGGCGAAACAAGCACCCCCUCAGACAGAUGCUUUUCAAACGCGAGCUGCCAUUGGUGCACUACUCUGGCGGGGCUGCAUCGGACUGUGCUGUAAAAAUUGCACCAGAGUUCACAUUUUGCGAAGACGCAACGCUUUGGGAGCUGAGAAACACUAGCGAACAAAGGGUUUUGGUCAGCUGCGACCCUGGCCGUAAAGCAUGGAAUACGGUUCUCAGCCCAAUGGUCAACCCAGACCCACAUGGCUCGCUGUGGGUUAUAGACAAUGUGGCUGCGACUCCCCGACGUCUGCAGCUUGACAAUUUUCCUUCCCAGCAUGAUUUCCAUCCACUGGGUGUAGCCAUUUCUCCGUUUCAUGGAGACGCACCCAGCAACUUGUUUGUUGUCAACCACGCUAGAAAGCGAAGCUUCAUUGAACAGUUCACGCUGUCUCCGGGCUCUUCCUCUGCAACAUACAUCCGAACCCUCACAUCGCCAUAUUUCAUUGCCCCCAAUUCCAUCUCGCUCACCUCACCCAACUCCUUCUACCUUUCCAACGACCACUUGCUCACUCGCAGACUGCCGUUUCCGCUAGGCAACAUCCUCCCCCUCAUUGAAACAGUGUUGACGCUCCCUCUGGCCUGGGUUUCGCACAUCACGCUUGACCCAGAUCCGUUGGCUCUCAAACCUAUCGUUUCCCACGCAUUCGCCGCGCCAUUCGUACCGUACGCAAACGGUGUUGCCAUUUCACCCUCGGGAAACAAAGUCGCGAUCGCCUCAACAUCUCGUAGCCUAGUCUACAUCUAUGCGCGAAACGAGAAAACCAACGCUCUGACCCAAACCGCCGCUGUCCCCGUGCCGUUCCACCCGGAUAACCUUGAAUUUGACCACUCGGGCGAAUUGGUCGUCGCUGGCCAUCCUCAUUUCGGCUCUGUGCUUCAAGUCAAGUCUGAUCCGACUGCAGAGGCCGUCGCACCCAGCUGGGUUGUCUCCAUCGACCAAAACAAUAAAGUAACGACGCUUUUUCAGAGCAAUGGCACCGUCUUCUCCACAUCGACGACAGGCCUACGAGACCAUGAUGGUCACCUGUUCAUCAGCGGUCUUUACUCUCAGCCCGGUGGGGUUCUGGCAUGCAAGUAG